AUGUGCAGCGGGUGCUUGGAGCAGGACGGGCCGGUUCUUCAAGCCCAGCGUUACCAGCUUCGCCAACAACAUCUCCACGCAGGCGUUGCUUAUGCUCAGCUGUUGGGAGGUUUGUGCUGGGAAAGUGCUGCAUGCUGCACGAGGUCUCGAAGCAAGCCGUUCGUUGCCCUGAACGAGCCCUCUCUGGCGGAAAAUGCAGGGAAGAAGGUCUUGAACAUGCUAGCAUGGACAGGGGUCGACAGGAAGACCGAUGUGCGAAUGGCAACCCCUUUUGGGGAUAGCAAAAUGGACGGUUCCACUGCGGCGGGAGAUGAUUCUGUAGCAGCGAGUGAGAAGUCUUCCGAUGUUGGCCUGGACCGCCUGGAGGAGACACCGGUAGUGGGCCCGGCGGCGCUUCGGAAGACACUGUCUUGCUCCGCAAAGGGUAUCCUGGGAUGCAAGCUUGUGGAAAGCGCCUCGGGGCCGGUGUUGCCGCCUGGAUCACCUAUGUCGCCCACCAGCCCUCGAUGCUCAGGGAUGGCUACUUCUGCCUCGCAGUUUCUGCCCCGUGAAAGUACCGGGUGGGCCUGGUGGCACGCCGCCCCCGUGAAACUGCACCCCCCUCCCAUGUCCUACCCGCAUGUCCACCCAGCUGCCACCCUUUUCCUGUUCAGGCGGCUGCUUGGGGCCAACAGUGCCGCAUGCGGUGCCGAACAUGGUGCCGUAUACUCCGCAUCCAGCGCAUCCAGUGGUGCAACUGCGGCCCAGACACAGCAUGCUGGUGCAGCCUAUGCAGCCUAUGCAGCCUAUGCAGCCUGCACCGUGGGUGAUUCAAACACAGGAGCCAGGGACAAUGAUUUGCUUACAGGCGUUCCAACGUCGCAGAGGCUGCAAGGAAUUCACAUUUGCCAUGGCCAGGAACAGAUCGCCAAAGAAACGGCAGCAUCAGAGAGGCGGGAGAAAGCCCGUUGCGACAUCUGCGAGGCACGAGCUUGUCGGACUGCCUCGGCUGGGCUGUGCCUCAGUCAUCGCCGUCUUUGCGAUCAGCUGCUAACGCAAUUUUGGCAGUUUGCCAAGCUCCUGUUUGGCUGCUGUCCGCCAGCUCUUGGAGGCAGUGCAGAGCCAAGUUCAGAUCCACAACUCCCUACUGAGCUUGAGGAUCUAGGUGCAGAAGGAAGCCGUACCUUCGAAUGGGGUGCUGGGCAAGUGAAAAGGAGGAGGCGCAUUCCAGCAAAUAAGGCUGAGGUGUCCGUGGAAGACGAGGCAGCACAAAAGCAGCUGCCUGGAAAGCAGCGGAUCUUCCUGAAGACUUAUGGCUGUGCCCACAACAACUCUGACAGCGAGUUCAUGAUGGGCCUGCUGCAAGACUACGGCUACACAUUAGUGGAGACCAUGCAAGACGCCGAUGCUCUGGUGGUCAACUCCUGCACCGUGAAGGGCCCUAGCCAGGACAAUGCAGUGAAUCUGGUGAAGAGUGCACAAGAUGCUGGCAAGCCAGUGGUGUUGGCAGGCUGUGUUCCCACAGCAGAUGUCAACCUGGCCAAGUCUUUGAUGGGGGUCAGCAUGCUUGGAGUGACGCAGCUUGAUCGUGUGGUCGAAGUGGUGGAACAUGCCAUCCAGGGCAAUACCAUCAGCCUGCUGACCCAUCGGAGAUCUAUGCCCUCGCUGGACCUGCCAAAGGUGCGCCGCAAUAGCUUCGUCGAGAUCAUACCCAUCAGUGGAGGCUGCCUGGGAAACUGCUCUUAUUGCAAGACAAAGCAUGCACGUGGAUCACUUUCUUCAUAUUCGGAAGAGGCCAUCCUCGCCAGGGCGCUACAAGCUGCAAGUGAAGGAGUCAGCGAAGUCUGGCUGACUUCCGAGGACACAGGUGCUUAUGGCCUUGACAUCGGCACUAACAUUGCAUCCUUACUGAACCGUGUGGCAGAUUCUUUGCCCGAGCAUGUGAUGCUGAAACUGGGCAUGACAAACCCGCCCUACAUGCUGGCACACAUCGAUGCGGUUGCAAAGGUCUUCCAGAGACCCAAUGUCUUCGAGCAUCUGCAUGUGCCUGUGCAAUCUGGUUCUGACACUGUACUCCGAGCUAUGGUUCGCGAGUACACCUCCAGCGAUUUUCGGCGUUUGGUGGAUGGCUUGCGGGCGCAGGUCCCCGGCUUGUUCGUGGGCACCGAUGUGAUUUGUGGUUUUCCUGCAGAGAGCGAAGAAGACCAUCAAGCCACUCUUGCCCUGGUCCGGGACUACAGAUUCCCCAUGUUGAACAUUUCCCAGUUCUAUCCUCGACCGAACACUGCCGCAGCACGCCUCAAGAAGCUGCCUGGGAACAUCGUCAAGGCAAGGAGCACAGAGAUGACGCAGCUCUUUGAAUCGUAUUCCACCUGGAAUCACCUAGUUGGCUGCACGCAGCGUGUCUGGUUUUCGGACACAGACGAAAAACGCCAGCAGACGGUGGGCCACACGAAGGGCUAUGCGAAAGUGGUGCAGUCAGCCGAGGAUGCGCUAUUGGGGCGGAGUGCUCUUGUUAAGGUGACGCGUGCCACAAAGUGGCACGUCGAGGCUGUGGUUGAGGCAUCUCAGCUGGACGUCAGCGCAACCGACCUCGCCACACUGAGACAGGUGAGGACGAAGUUGCUGAAUGCCUUGGCGUCGGCGCAGGAGGUCGACCUGCCUCGAGUGGAGCGCAGCGUGGCAGAGCAACAGCGAAGACGCUUGCACAAUGCUCUGCAGGACAUGAAGGGCCAGCUCCGAGUUUCCUGCCGGAUACGCCCACUCAGUGACCAAGAGAAAACCCAGAAAGGUGAGACAGGCGAGUUAGCGCUGCGUCCUUUGGACGGCUCACGGGUGGAGCUAAGCCUGCGAGAGGGGCCUGCGCAAGUGUUCGAAUUUGACAGCGUGUUCCGUCCAGAUGUCCCGCAGCAGGUGGUUGAGGAAAUCUUCGAAGACUGUCGUGAUCUGGCGCAGUCUGCGGUGGAUGGCCACAAUGUCACCGUCAUGACCUAUGGUCAGACGGGAGCUGGAAAAACCUACACGCUGUUCGGAAGCAAAGAUCAGGAGGGACUGGUCCAGUACAUGAUCCGAGAAGUCUUCGCACGCCUUGCAGAUCAGGCAGAGGACGAUGAGGAGUGCACUGCCACUGUUACGGGUUCUGCUUUGGAGCUGUACAACAAUCACUUCAUUGACUUGCUCCGCCCCGUCGACCGCACAGGCCGGCAGGCCCCCGGAGUGAAGGUCUGUGUUGAUGCGCAAGGGUGUGUAGAAGUGGAUGGGCUGGAACAAGAAGUGGCACAGACUCCAGUUGAUUUAUUGGAGAUCCUAGAGAAGGGUCUGGCCCAGCGCGUUGUGGCCGAACACGCCCUCAACGCAGAUAGCUCUCGUUCGCAUAUGGUCUUCACAGUCAGGAUCCAAACAGAAGGCAGCUCUAAGAAAACAACGCGGAAGCUCACGUUCUGCGACCUCGGCGGAUGUGAGAGGAUCAAAAGGUCUCAAGUGGCUGGGGACUUGCAGAAGGAGGCCAUCGAGAUCAACAAGUCGCUUAGUGCGCUCAGCAGUGUCAUUGAGGCAGUUGCUGGUCGCCGACGGCAUAUUCCGUACAGGGACCACAAGCUGACGCGGUUGCUGCGUGAUGCAGUGGGUGGCAGCGCAAAGGUCCUGAUGUACGUCUGCUGCUCCCCUGCCAGAUCCAACAUCGAGGAAACAGCAGCAGCGCUGAAGCUGGCCUCGAGGGCGGCGAAGGUGGUGAAUCAGCAGAAGCAGGUGGAAGCUUCCUCCAGCAUGUGA